UCUCUCCAUCCCUCCGGGGGCCAUUUAGCAUUGGCUGCCGGACGAGGCGGCGGAGCGACCGGGCCGGGAGAGGAGCCCCAGGCCCGCCGGCUCCGGGAGCGGGGUCUCUUGCCGGUCCCUCUCCUCAUCCCCGUCUCUUUCCGGCUCCGGCCAUGGGGUCCCCCCUCCUCAAGCACCCGCAGACCCAGAUUUCCCCGGAGUUCACCCACACCUCGUAGCCACAAAGUGACAGAGCGGUGGCUGUGCGGUUGCCAUGGAAACACCAAAGGCCUCGGCCGGGUGACUGACUGGGGACGGAGGGGUGUCAGCUCUCCCUCUCUCCAACUCCCCACCCCGGCGCCAUCCUGAGCACCCCCUCGGCCAGACCCCCCCCCCCAAAAAAAAAUAAACCGACCCUCAGCUAGGGACUCCAAACAAGUCCCCGGCACAAACUAGAGGACCUGCCCAGCUCCCUCCUCCACUUUGGCAGGCUCCCCCCGCCUCCCCCUCCCGGGGGGCUUCCCAUCCGGGACGGACCCCGGCCUUUUCCCUCCCACCAGGGAUUCCAGCGACCCCUUUCCCUCCCCCAUCCGUUCCCCCCCCCCCCCGACCCUCGCAAAGGACAUCGUCCCCCUCCUCCGGCCUCCCCCGACGGCCAGAGAGGCCGGGGCCCACGGGGAGCGGGAGGAGUCCGUGUGUGUCUCUGUGUCUGUGUGUGCCUGUGCCUGAGUGGAUCUGUGUGGGUUCCGAAGUGGGCCCCUCCCCAGUCACUUGGGAGUGAAAGCCUGUCCGUCUCUCUCCCCCCCCCAUUUCUUUCUUUCUUGCCCCCACCUUCUUGGCCUCUCUCCCGGCCUGUCCGCGUCCCCUCCGCCAGGGUCGGUCCUCCCUGCCGCCUCCUCCGCCAUGCCGCCCUCCGGGCCCGCGCUGCUGCUGUUGGCCUCGGCGGCCCUGGCCGUCCUGGCGGGCGGCCGCCCCGCCAACCUGUCGGCCGGCCCGACGGCUCCCUCGGGAGGGGCCCUGCCGGCCCUCCUGGCCCACCUGCGCCGUCUGACGGGGGGCUCGGCGGCGGGGGGCAACGGCACGGGGGGCGGGGGCGCGGCGGCCCGGGCCCCUCCGCCGGCCGAGCUCUGCCACGGCUACUACGACGUGAUGGGCCAGUACGACGCCACCUUCAACUGCUCGACGGGCUCCUUCCGCUUCUGCUGCGGCACCUGCCAUUACCGCUUCUGCUGCGAGCACCGGCACAUGCGGCUGGCCCAGGCCUCCUGCUCCAACUACGACACCCCGGUGUGGGCCUUCACCCCGCCGCCCGCCGGGCCCGGCGGCGGGCCGCGGGCCGGCCAGGCCGGCUGGCUGGACGGCAGCCGGGCCGGCGGCGGGGCGGGCGGCGGGGCCGGGGGCCGGCCGGGCGAGGGGCCCGGGGGCAGCACGGCCUACGUGGUCUGCGGGGUCAUCAGCUUCGCCCUGGCCGUGGGCGUCGGCGCCAAGGUGGCGUUCAGCAAGGCCUCGCGCGCGCCCCGCGCCCACCGAGAGAUCAACGUGCCCAGGGCUCUGGUGGACAUCCUGAGGCACCAGGCCGGGCCAAGCUCCCGCUCGGACCGCGGUCGCAGCAGCUCACUGACCUCUGGAGGGGUCGGCUCCGACAACGGGCCCCCGCGGCCCCCCAAGAACCUCUACAACCCCGUCAAGGGCAAUCAUGAAAACCUCCAUCACAACUACAUCCACUUGAACAUCAACAGCCCCAAGCACCACGCGGCCACCCUGGACUGGCGGGUGCCUCCCCCGCCGAGCCCUUCCCUGCAGUACUCCUCGCUCACCUGUUCCCGCUCUUUCCACAACCUGUCCCACCUGCCCCCCUCCUACGAGGCCGCGGUCAAGUCCGAGCUCAACCGCUACUCCUCGCUCAAAAGGCUCGCGGAGAAGGACCUGGACGAGGCCUACCUGAAGCGUCGCCACCUGGCCGAGCUGAGCCGGGGCACGCUGCCGCUGCAGGCCCUGCGCCGGGGGGGCCCGGCCGGAGCCCCCUUCUGCGGCGGCGACGGCUGGGGGGUCCCCGAGGAGCCCGGCCUGGGCCUGGGCCCGGGCCCCAACCCCCGCCGGGUCAUGUCCCAGGAGCACCUGCUGUCCGAGGCCGGGGCCGGGCCCCGCGGGUCCCGCUACGAGCUGACCCUGCCGCGGGCCCGGAUGGUGGCCCCGGACCGGCUGCUCCUGUCCCGCGAGGCCCUGCAGUCCCAGGAGAGGCUGCUCCUGUCCCCGCCCCGCAGCCCCUCCGCCGCCCCGACCCCGGGCCCCCCCGCGGCCCCGGGGCCGCCCCCGCCGGGCCCCGACCUCCCCCGCGGCCUGGCCGCCUCCCAGUCCAACCUGCUGCUGGCCGCGGGGCCCCCCACGCCCCUCCACGCCUCCCCCGGCCUGCCCCCUCCCCACCUGCACCACCACCAUCACCACCACCUGCAUCACCACCACGGGUCCCCGCAGCCCGCCGCCUGGGCCGGGGGCGGGGGCGCCUCCGACGGGGCGGCCAACCCGGCCACCCUGGGCCGGCGCCCCGCCUUCCAGCGGCAGAGCACCGUGGAGCAGCUGCAGUUCAUCCCCGGUCACCACCAGCCCCAGCACCUCCGCACCGGCAGCAAGAACGAGGUCACCGUCUGAGGGGCGGGGACGCCGGGCCCACCCCGGGCCCGCUGCCCAGGAGCCCGGGCCCUCCGGGGAGGGGGGGAGACGGCAUCGCCGGAGGCCUCCGGGGGGCCGUCCCUCUCUCGGGGAGACCCCCCCGCCCCCGGAUCCCCGUGACCCCUCCUCCUCCUCUUCCGUUGAUGCCUGGAGAGGCCUCCCCUCGUGGUGACCUCAUCACCAAAGGCUCCUCCGUGACGCCACCUCCAGAGACCCCCCCCCAACACACACACCCCCUCCCCCCUUGGCAAUAGCACCGGGGACUCUCUCUUCCGGCUCCGGUGGCCCUCCCUACUUUGUAGUGUCACCCCCUCCCACACACACACAGACACACACACACACCAGAAGGUCCUUCCACGGUGACGACGUCGGCUUCGGAGGCCCCGUCCUCUCCGGCGAUGCCAUCUGCAGAGGCUGUGCCCGCUUCGGUGACGUCACGUCCGGGGCCCCUCGCUUCUGAACGCCGCUCUUCUCGCCGAAGACCCCCUCCGAUGUCGGCGACGGGCAGCCCGACCGGACGGAGGCCCCGUCCGCCCGUCCGGAGAGUCCUGCCUCGUGGCCGAAGGCCCCUCCCCGCUCCGGCAUCCGAACUGCCGUCGGCUCCUCCUUAGUAGGCCGGUAGUCGCCGUGGGCCGCUCCCCGCCCGCUACGACGGAGCCGGGUCGGGUUGGCGCUGAGCUAAAUCUGGCACAGCCGGAGCCGGGUUUAGGUGCCCCUCCGACGCCCCGGUAGCCUCACGGUUCUCCCGUCUGGGGCCGAGCAGCUGCGGCCCAGUGACCGCCAUCCAUCCACCCGACUGGACGCGAGCCCGGGGCCCGCCCGGAUGUGACUCCAACCUUAGGCCUGGGGGCCAGCGGCCCACGAAGCCGACCGUGGCCGUGCCCCGAAGGAAGCGAGGCCCGGACCCCUUCCGUUUCGGUCCGGACCCGCUUCUCUUCCGGCUCGGACCCGGACCCGUCGUAGACACCGAGGUUCGGGAUCCCGUCGGUGGGAUUUCCAGCCCAAGCGGGGCCCCGGCCCUGUGGCGUCGUGUCUCCUCCAGAGACUUCAUCCGCUUCGGUCGUGCCGACCGGGGAUAUCCCCUCUGGAGACUCCCCCCUUAUCUCUGGAGUUCUCCUCCUUUGGGAUGUCACCUCCAGUGCCUCUCCCUCCCAGUCCGUCCGCCUCCCGUCCUCCGUCGGAGGCGUCCUCCCUCCAGACCGCGACCCCUCCGGCGACGUCCCCCCUCCCCCCCGGUAGGUCGUUCCCUUUCGGUGGCGUCACUUCCCUCGGCCACCGCGGUGAUGCUGUGCCCUCUGUUGUCCCCGUGACCCUGGGGACAACCUCGCCCCGACUUGGGGUGUCAUUUCUCCCUGGCCUCCGAGGAUGCCACUUUUCCUCCUUCCCAGAUCCGGGAUGACAUCCCUUCCUCCCGAUGGCCUCCGAUGACCUCGUCCCUUACCAGUCCCCUCUCGGUGACGUCUCGGCCUUCUUGACGGCCUCCCCCUUACCCCCCCCCCCGUCCCCUGGGCCGACGCCCCCGGAGGCGCCCUCCCCGUGGAGGGUGGGGAUGUCCCUCGCCCCGUCCUGUGUCCCCCCGGAUGCCAUCCCCGCCCGAUCCCCACCGUCCCGUGUCCCGGGGCUGUUGCUGGUGUCUGAUGACCUGACCAGUGGCCUUUGAUGAUGCCCGCCCCGGCCCAGGGCUGAAGGUAGGAAAGGGAUGGUGGGGGGAGGCAGGCAGCCCCCUGCCCCCCACCGACUCAGACUAUUCUCUUUCCUCUUUCCAUACUCCUUUGCUUCCCCUACAGCCUCCUGGGGUGGGGGUGGAAGUCCCCUCCCCCCCGCCCCCCGGGAACGCACAAGGAUGCCCCCCCAACUCCACCCUGUGUACAUAGCCAUGAUGGGGGGGGGGCGGUCACCCCCUCCACACUAAAGGGCUAAAGUCCCCCACCCAGCCCCCUGGGGCAAGGCGGGGGCCUCCCCUCCCCGGGCCGUCUUCCCCCAGUCCUCACGUUGGCAUGUCCACCCUCCCUCCCACCUGCCCUCCUUCCCUCCCUCCCUCUCUCCCUCCUUCCCUUCCCCUCCCCGCCACCCACCCACAUCGUGCCGUAAGCGUGACAGUUCCUCUCCCGUCCUCCCUCCCGUCUUCCAUGUCUGUUCGGGGAGGGUGCGGGGAGGGGGAUUCUUGGACGAGGAUGGCGGCGGGGGUGGGGAGGGGUCACAGAGCAGAGGCUCCUCUAGCUCUUGCCCAGAUUGUGUUUGAGGCCUCUCCCCGGGCCCUCCCCGGUGGCCCCCCACACGUCUGAACGUGGGGAAGCCUGCACAAUAGUCCUGGGGCUCUCAGAACCCAGGCAUCCUGUCUCCCCCGACCCUACUAGCUCCCGGCCCCCCGGCCCCCCGACCGGCACAGGCAUCGAGCCCCCUCCCUCUCCCUCCCGGCUUUCUGCCCCACUCGCGGUUCCCGGCCCUGGAUCCGGACGGCUCCCCGCUAUUUCCCUCGGACAACCCGGUUGUCCUGCUUCUCCCCCCGGCCCUCCCGAAUAAGCCAUAGGAGUAGAGGGGCCCGGGAUGGGAGCAGGGAGGGGAAAGGGAUCUCCCUAUGGAAUUGGGACCCGACUCCUCGCCUGCUCCGUGGGGUCCCCCGCUUUUAACCUCUCUGUGCCAUAACCACGCCCCCGGAGGGGACGCUCACCCUGUUCUCGGGCUCCCCCAGAUCGGCUAGGUCCCCCUCUUCCUCCCCGGGAAGCCGGACUCGCUGUAACUUUGGGAGAUUUUUUUGGAAUAAACAGAUGUUUUCCUGUU